GACCGUUCUCCUGCUCAGCUUGCCCUGGCCGGCCGUGGGAAAGUAAACAACCACAAUCUCGCACCUUCCGCUCCGGCAGAAAACCACCGCCAUUGAACACGUGCUUCUUCUUCUCUCAGCUGUAGCAGCGUGACACCGUUUCCUCUCAGCUACUGUUCUAUCAAUUUCAGCUGCGGCAGCAGGGAUGGCUAGGUUUCGAUCACUCUGGCAAGCGUCUUUGAAUGCCACUAAGAGAGCUCUUUCAUGGAACCUUGAAGACUCGAUGCUUCCUACCGAGAGACUUGUUUCCAGCUUUAACUCAAAGGACUCGAUCUCUCUUCAGCGACUCGGCAGUAUCAGGCGCUACGCUGGCCCUUUUGCCAGAUCAAAGCUGCAGCUUGAUGGCGUGAAGGAUGUUAUUGCUGUUGCUUCUGGGAAAGGAGGUGUGGGCAAGUCCACCACUGCUGUAAACUUGGCUGUUGCCUUGGCUAACAAAUACAAUUUGAAGGUGGGUUUGCUUGAUGCUGAUGUCUAUGGGCCAUCUGUGCCUAUGAUGAUGAAGAUCGACCGCAAGCCGGAUAUCACUGAAGAUUCAAGCAUGGAAGAGACAGGCUAGAAAGAAAAGAGAGUUAUAAUUCCACAGAAAAAGGCAACAAUAGAGGCACUGAUUAUAUUAACUGAAGAAGACAAAAAGAUGAUUCCUAUUGAGAACUAUGGAGUUAGGUGCAUGUCAAUGGGAUUUCUUGUAGAGCAGGAUGCCCCCAUUGUGUGGAGAGGCCCCAUGGUGAUGAGUGCUCUCGAGAAAAUGACUAGGGGAGUCAGUUGGGGAAAGCUUGAUAUUCUCGUGGUAGACAUGCCCCCUGGCACUGGCGAUGCUCAGCUUACUAUAACUCAAAGCUUGCAGUUAUCAGGUGCAGUAAUUAUUUCAACUCCACAAGAUGUUGCAUUACUGGAUGCUCGAAGAGGAGUUAAAAUGUUCUCCAAAGUCGAGGUUCCGAUUCUAGGGUUCAUAGAGAACAUGAGUUGCUUCAAGUGUCCACAUUGUGGUGAACCUUCAUACAUUUUCGGUAAAGGCGGAACUCGAAAGACUGCUGAUUCAAUGGGUCACCAUUUCAUUGGCGAGAUCCCAAUUGAAGUUGAUAUCAGGACGUGCUCCGAUAAUGGUACCCCUAUUGUAAUAUCAUCACCUGAUUCUGGUGUCUCGCAAGCCUAUUGUGAAGCUGCCCGGAGUAUAGUUAAAAAACUAGAGGAACUGGCCAAGGGAACAACCUUCCAACCGGAGAUUAAUCUUUGAAAUUGUUCUGAUUCUAGGAGUCCCCAUUUCCCGGUGAUCUGGAGUCCUGAAGUGACCAAGUAUACCCCCGGUGAUCUGGAGUCCUGAAGUCUGUAACUGUAGCCUUCUGAUGUAGCCAUUUUCUUUCUGCAUACUGAGGGCACAUAUUCGACUUGGAUGUUCUUUUGUUGUUAGUCGGAAUGCUUCUUAAUCAUCGCUUCUGAGUUAUGUGUCCUAAACCAUUGAGAAUGCAAGGAAUUUGAUCCCAAAUCCCAUAUUAAUCUAUAGAGGUUCAAAGUUGUUGUAAGUUGUAACGAUCUGAGUAUACUAGAUCAGUGGUGUCGUGUUAUGUCACAUACUAUUAUCAACUUUAUGUGCAUAUAGGUUCAAUUUCUUCAUUAUAAAAAAAAAAAAUUCAAGAAGAAAUUUU